AUGAGAAUUCUUUUUGUUGUUGACUGUGCAGGCGAAGUGCUGGUCUCAGAGGGACUCUCGCCAUCGACGCUCUAUAUCGAUGAGCCCCGGGGCCGACGGCGGCGGACCGGAGGGUUGGUGGGCCUGCUAGAGAUGAUGCGCGAAAUGCAUGAGAUGAGCCUCGCGCAGAACAUGUCCCAGGAGUCAGGGUAUCCCUUCGUGCUGGCCCCGAACGCGUCCACUUCUUCGCGCCGACAGGACAUGACCUACGAGCAAUUGUUGGGUCUGGCCGAGCGAGUGGGUAAUGUCAAUAGAGGCGUAAGCCACGCGGCCAUGGAUGCACUCCCCACGAGGACCUUUCAAGAGAAGGACAAGAAGGCCGACCAAGAAGACAACAAAUGCACUAUUUGUCUGUGCGAUUAUGAGGAGGGCGACACCCUGCGGGCGCUCCCCUGCCUGCACUCGUACCACAAGUACCGUCGUCUCGCUAUCUCUGCCCUCGAGGUCGAGGACUGCAUCGACCACUGGCUCAAGUCGCACAACACCUGCCCGGUGUGCAAGACGCAGAUCAACAUGUGA